AUUUUUUCCCGAUCUACCAUUCGACCCUAUACACAUACACACCAUGCAGACCAAUGAAUUACAAGAAGUGGCGCUCGCCCUGCGCACCGCCCGCGACAACCGCGCUCCCAUCACAGCACCUAGCAAGACGUGGCCCUCCCUCGAUGCGGACUCGGGCUUCGAGGUGCAACGGCUGAAUGUUGAGCAUGCCGUCAAGAACGGAGACCGCCUGGUUGGAUACAAGCUUGGGAACAUCGCCAAGGUCAUGCAGGACGCAUUUGGCCUCGACCAUCCAGACUACGGAUUCCUCCUCGCCAGCACUUUUGCCUACGAGAGCACGACCCUUCACCUCAACCAAUAUAUCAAGCCUUACGUGGAGCUGGAACCGGCCUUUGUGCUGCGCAGCUCCCUCCGCGGCCCGAACGUGACGGUGGCCGAUGUGAUCAACGCGAUUGACUACGCUAUUCCCGCCAUCGAGAUCAUCGACUCGCGUGUUCAGAACUGGGCGAUCGACCUGCCCGACACCUUGGCUGAUAACGGCUCGACUGCGAAUGUUAUUCUUGGAGGUUGCCCCCGGAAGCUUACAGACUUGAAGAACCUACGUGACGUGCGGGGGACUUUGAAAUUCAACGGUCGGGAAGUGAUGGAUGGAAACACUGGCAAUGUGCUGGGCAACCCCCUGUCAGCAGUGGCGUGGUUGGUGAACCGACUGGCAGCGUACAAUAUCGAGUUCCAAGCUGGGCAGGUGAUUCUCCCCGGUAGUUGUCUCAAGGCAAUGCCAAUGGAUAAGCCCGGGCGGUGGACAUGUACUUUUGAGGAAUGGGGAACCAUUGAGUUCGAUGUCGCUUAG